ACCAGAAGAUAUUUGAACGUUACCAAAGCACAUAAAGGGUACAAAAAAAAGGCGAAAAAUAUAAGGAAAAAAAAAUUUUUCUUUCAAUUUUAAAAAUAAUUUUUAACAAGUUUUAAAAUAGAAAAAAAUCAUUGAAAAUAGUUUAAAACGCGAGUUUAAUCGUUUUUUAAUAAAAAAAUAAUAAAAUAAAGCAAUUUAUUUUAAAGAAAUAAUAAGAAAAAAAUUACAAAAAUUUUUUGUAAUCGAUUUUUCCAUGAAAUUUUUUUACAUUUGACAUUUUGUGUAUAAUGAUGUUAGGCGGUGGUGAAAAAUAGAAUUUUUUUUUUGACUUAUAUGAAUAUUAUAUGUAAUUUGUAAUAUGUGUGACAAAUAAUAUUUGAACGAAAAGUAAAAUAAAGUAAAAAGUAAAAAAAAAGGAAAAACAAAAAAAAAAAAAAAACAAUUAAAAAAAAAAGAGAAAAAAAAUGAAAAAUGGUUAAAAAAUAGAAAACAAGAAAAAAAAAAAAUAACAAAAUAGAAGAAAAAUUUUUUAAGAGCACUUCCACAGAUUUGUGUCAAAUUGAUAUUAAGGCUAUUGUUAAAUGUUUGUAACAAGAGAGUUAUAAAAUAUUUGUUUUUAAAAUUUAAAGACCAAUUUUAUAUAUGUAUAUAUAAAUUUAAAUUAUAUUAUAUGCAUAUAUAUAUAUAUAUAUGUGUAUAUAUAAUAUAUAUGUAUAAAAUAUUAAAAAAAGGAUAAUAAAUCGAUAUAUUUACCGCAUUCUAUAUACAAACAUUCAAUAUAAAAUAAUAUUGAUUUUAUAGGAUAUGAAUAAAAAAUUUGAUAUAAAUACAGAUUAUACACACUAACAUAUAUAUAUAUAUAAAAGAAAAUCGGUUAAUCGGACCGACAUCGAUGUCUCGUACACUAGAUAAUGCUUAAGCUACCAAAAGGUUUAAAAAAGAAAAAAAAGAAGUCCAAAAAAGAUCAAGAACUUUUCACAGAAGAAGAACUAGAACAAUAUAAACGUGAACAAAAACUUAAGCAACAACAACUUGAACAGGGGCAACCAAAUCAAGAUAAUUCUUCUGAAACAGGUGCAACAGCUGCAACUUCUGAUACUGAACAAAAAACUGUAGAAGAACAAUCAACAACUGCUGGCGCAGCGGCAGCUCCGGUACAGGAAAAAAAAACCGGUGAAGAAGACGAGGAGUGGUCAAAAUUCAAAGCACUAACAGCUGGUGUAGAUACUAUCUUACAUAAAACACAAGACGAAUUAGAUCGUAUUAAAUCAACAUCGUUUUAUCAAAGAGUUCCCACUGAAGUUGAAAAGAAAAGACUUGAAGAAGAAGAAGCAAAAGCACGUGAGGCACAACGCCUAGAAGAGGAACGUAAGAAAAAAGAAGAAGAAGAAGCAAAUAGAGAUAAGCUAGCUGAAGCAGUUGUUGAACUUUCUGAAUCAGAAGAAGAAUCUGAAGAAGUUGAUGAUAUAUUUGAAACCGGUUAUAUUGAUGCUAUAACAAGUGGUGAAGUUCAAUUAGCUGUUGUUCCUGAUUUACCUGAAUUUGAGGAUCUUGGUCCAGAUCCUUUCGAUACAUCAUAUGCGGAUACAGUAAUUGUUGGUCCCCAAGUAUCAAAAACAGGUAAAAAGUUAGUUGCACUAGGAUCAGCUGUUGAAGUCUUAACAGGAAGGGUUGACAGCGCUCAAGCUGUUGCCCUAAGUGGGGCGAAAAAGAAACCUCGAAGAGGAAUUACAAAUUUGUUACUUGAAAGUGAAGAGGAAGUAGCAAAUUUACCAGAGGAAUUAUCUGUAACACCGGAGCCACCAAAAACAUUAUUAGAUGACUUCGAAGAUGAAAUUCCAGAUAUUCCUAUCGAUCUAAGUGUUUCAUUACAUUUAAUUCCGGCAAAUAAAAAACAAGAAGAAAGCGAAGAAGUUGCAAAAGAGGAUUCUCCUAAAGAAGAAACUAAUAAACUACCUGAUGAUAUAUUAUCAGAAUUUGAUGUAUUAAAAAAAGACGAAGAUGACGAAUUUGCUGAAUUAGCUGCAGAAUCGUUAACUAAAAAGGAAGAAAUUAAAGUUAUUACUCAACCACAACCAAUACAAUUUGCGUCGACUUUAGAAGGAGAUUGGGCUGAAUUUGAAUUAACCGAAGAAGAGAAAGCACAACAUAAAGCCAAACCUCCAAGGCCGCCAAGGCCACCAACUGGUCCCUCCGGGGCAGGUGAUAUUCCAUCAGGAGUAGAAGAAUUAAGUGACGACGAAUUCAAUGUUCCAGAGGACGACCCAUUUGAUACUGCUUUUGUUGAACAAGUUAUAGUUAAUAAAGAAGAAGAGGACGACGAUUUCGAUUUUGAUCCAAGAGCCGGCGAAGAGGCCGCAGAAGUAAUAAAAGUCACAAAAGAAGAUUUGUUCGCUAAUUUAUCGGGAAAAAAACCAUCAGAUAGUUUAGUUCCUGCUGUAAGAAAAGAUUUGUUAGGUGGAAGUAAUACAGAUUUAGCUCAAACACCUAUUGCUCCUGCUCAAGAAAGUAUAGACGUAGAAGACGAAGAUUUUGAUCCAUUUGAUACAUCGGCAGUAGUAAAACUAGUACAACCAAAAGAAACUGAAUUAAAAAUUUUAGAGAAAGAUCUUCUAUCAGAUUCUAAACUCAAAAAUUCAUUAAGUGAUCCUGAAUUUGAUCCUCGUGCUGAAGAAAUAAAAGAAGAAAUAAAACCACAGGUUGUAGUUCCUCCUGCAGAUUUUGAUCCAGCUAGAAGAAAAUCUUCUUUAACUUUGAAUAUACAAUCAAAAUCAGUUGGGUUCUUAGUUCCAAGUAACGAUCUUCUAGCGGUAAAUAGUGAGGGGGGAAAAAUACAAAAGCCGUUGACACCUUAUUAUGCACCACCGGAAGCUAUUGCUGAAAAAGAGUUAGAAGAUCCUUUUGAUACAUCUUUUGUACCAAGUACUGUGCCAACAGAUAUUGAACUUAAACAUUUAGAAAAGGAUUUGUUAACCAGUUCUAAAUUAAAACACAGUUUAUCAGAUCCAGAUUUUGACCCCAGAGCCGACGAUAUUAAAGAACAACCAAAGCCAGCUUCAGAUUUAUUAGCAGUUGAGGAAAAUCUAAAUAUUAAGGUUUUGACUCCAAAAUUAGAAGAUAAAACCUUUUUCGGAACAGAAACAGAUUCUGGUGAUCCAUUUGAUACCUCGAUUGCAUCUAACAUUCAACCAGGAAGAACAGAACUCAAACUUUUGGAAGACGAACUUUUGCCUCCAACUACCCCAGAAAUUACUACAGGAGUUCUUGAUACGUUAACAGACGCACAAGAGCUGGGGUUAGGGGAUAAAGUUUUAACACCGCAGUUAACAACACCACCAUCAGACGGCAUUGAAGAAAUCGAUCCUUUUGAUACAUCUUUUGCAGUAAAUCUAGGGCCAGGUCAAGUUGAAAUAAAGCUGAUUGAAAGCGAACUAAUUGAGAAAAAAUAUUAG